GACUUAGUUCUAAAUCUUCUUUUAGAUGUAAGGAAAUGAUAAAACCAUAAAGUGGAAAUUAUCUUUUGUCCAGUUUUUCUACUUAUAUGUGUAAGAUGCCAAUUCUGAAGUCCUUAGAACCAGUAAUUGUGAUUGCUUUAUGAACAGGAUCCAUAACCUGAUGGGUUUCCCACCCAUCCCUUGCAAAGUAUUACUUCUCUGUUUGUGGCAGGUAUGUUUUAGGUAAUGUGUAUGUAGUUCACAUGGCUGGCUAAGGUUAUCAACUUGUACACUCCAAGUUAUGUUUCUGAGAUUUUCUUUUGUAUCUGUAUUGCAGCUAGCCUUGUGGGAUGAUCUUAUAUUCACUUUCAUAUGGUGCAGUAGAACAAGGACCAGCAAGAGUCAAUUCUGUACUUCCAAGGGAAAACUCAUUUUGUGUGUAUCUGAUGUGAGCAGUGAACUGUGUGGAUUAUUUCUUUCUGCUGCAAUGGAAAUAAGCAAGUGACCUUGUCAGCAGAGCUGGCCCUUAUGCCUGAAGCAGCAGAUUGCACUAAGUCCUCUGCAUAACCAGAUAUCUCCAUCUGUCUUCACUUGCAGCUCCUGAGAAAAGACCGCUGCAUUAUCAGUGCUGUAGCUGCAAGCAUGACUUGACUGAGUUGCAUUCAUGGCUCUUGGAUGAUCUGGUGAACCAUGGAGCUCAAAGUAUGGGUGGAUGGAGUGCAGAGAAUUGUCUGUGGAGUCACCGAAGUCACAACAUGUCAGGAAGUUGUUAUAGCCCUUGCCCAGGCUAUUGGGCGCACCGGGCGCUACACGCUGAUCGAGAAGUGGCGGGACACCGAGCGGCACCUGGCGCCGCACGAGAACCCCAUCGUGUCGCUCAACAAGUGGGGGCAGUACGCCAGCGACGUGCAGCUCAUCCUGCGCCGCACCGGGCCCUCCCUCAGCGAGCGGCCCACGUCGGACAGCGUGGCUCGCAUCCCCGAGAGGACGUUGUACCGGCAGAGCCUGCCGCCCCUGGCCAAGCUGCGGCCCCAGAACGACAAGGCCAUGAAGAGGAGGGAGCCCAAGAGGAAGUCCCUGACCUUCACCGGCGGGGCGAAAGGGCUGAUGGAUAUCUUUGGGAAAAGUAAGGAGUCCGAGUUCAAGCAGAAGGUGCUCAACAACUGCAAAACGACGGCGGACGAGCUGAAGAAACUGAUUCACCUCCAGACGGAGAAGCUGCAGUGCAUUGAGAAGCAGCUGGAGUCUAACGAGGCCGAGAUCCGGUACUGGGAGCAGAAGUACAAUGCCAGCCUGGAGGAGGAGAUCCUCAAGCUGGAGCAGAAGAUCAAGAGAAAUGAAGUGGAGAUCGAAGAGGAGGAGUUCUGGGAGAACGAGCUGCAGAUUGAGCAGGAGAACGAGAAGCAGCUGAAGGAGCAGCUGCAGGAGAUGAGGCAGCGCAUCCUGGAGUGUGAGGGCAAGCUGAAGGACUACAUGUCCCAGAUCCACAACAUGGAGAGCGGCCUCGAGGCGGAGAAGUUGCACCGGGAGGUGCAGGAAUCCCAAGUCAACGAGGAAGAGGUCAAAGAAAAGAUCGAGAAGGUGAAAGGUGAAAUCGAUAUUCAGGGCCAGCAGAGUCUGAGGUUGGAAAAUGGCAUUAAAGCUGUAGAAAGAUCUCUGGGCCAAGCUACCAAGCGGUUACAGGACAGGGAACAAGAACUAGAGCAACUGACAAAGGAACUGCGACAGGUCAACCUCCAACAGUUUAUCCAGCAAACAGGAACGAAGGUCACAGUGCUGCCAGCAGACCCUGUUGAGGUGGAGGCCCCACCUGCAGAGCUCGAGAGAGAGCCGACAUUUCAGUCGGGGUCAUUGAAGCGCCCUGGAUCAUCGAGGCAGCUCCCCAGUAACCUUCGGAUCCUGCAGAAUCCCCUGUCGUCUGGUUUUAACCCGGAGGGCAUUUAUGUAUGACACUAUAUACCUCUAGGAGAGGACCUAGCAAGGUACCCUGGACAAGAUACACUUUUCUUUUGUUCCGCCAAUGAUCAAUGGAAGAAGUUUGUUUUGUUUUGUUUGUUAAACCACCCUAUUUUUUGUCUUCUUCCUCCAACACACUACUUGGAGCCAUACCUUGUGCACUGAAGAGACAGAGGAACUGUCUCAAUUCAUAAUUGGCAAUGGUGAAGUUGCUGUCACACACCUAGAGCGCAAAACCAAAUGGAGGUUUUUGCCACUUCAGAAGCAUUUGGGAAAGUAUACAUUAUUCCAUGUAUAGGCAUAAAUAAAAGACUGAGGGUGAAGGAAACCAUGUAUGCAAUUGAUUUGAGGUUUAAUUUAUUCCUUUUAAUCAAUGGACGUGUGAAUGUUGACCUUUUAUAUUUUUUAUUUUUUAACUUGUGAAUAAUCAUGUAUGGUUGUACAUCAGUCUGACAAGGUGACUUUAAUUUGCAUGUACAGACAUCCAGCAUUUGAUCAAGUGCAACAACUUUGAAAUGCGGAGAGUUGUGUGCUGAACCUCUAAAAUGGUUUCUCACCACUGACUUUGUUCAUUUCUGUUGUGGGUCAUAUGUCAUGUUCCAUCUGUUGCUACCUUUUAAGAUUUGAAAAGUGAGUUUGUGGGAUUUACUUGCUGUUGAAUCUGCCUUGAGAAAAGCACCUAGUGUUCAAAAGACUGAAGGAAUUAAAACCUUAGCUUGGUAAGAAUAUUUCCAGCAUACAAUUGAGGAUGCACUAGUUAGAUGAUAUUUUAUUAUAUAGAAUGUAUAUUUGAAAUAUUUUGCCACAUUGUAUAUGCCUUUUGAGAAAAGAGCAAUGUAAGAAGUUGUCUUCAUAUAUCUUACCAAAAGAGAGUAAGAGGCUUUCACUGUGUGUGAUUUUGUACUUUAUUUCUGCCAAUAGCCAUUACAGUGUUCUUGUUUUGCAGUAAAUCAUGCUGUUGGAGGAGAAAAAAAAACAAAACAACACAAAUGAGCAUCCUCUCCCAGCCUUCCAGAAUUUAUCCAGGUUUUGUGGAGGGAAGAAACCUGGCAGAGUCCCGUGAGGUCGAUAGCAGAGCUUCUGCUGACUUGAGUGGAGCUCAGCCAAUUUCAUUCCAGGUCCCUGUGUAAAAUGUUACACUUUAGCCCCUUAGAAAAUGUACUGUUGCUCAGUCAUUUGCAGAACAUGAAGUAUACAAACAGAAAAUUAAAAGAUCUAGUAAAUUAAAAAAAAAAAAAGACAAAGAGAUAACAUUUUAUCUUAAUGUUACUCUAAUGCAAUCAAAGCGAGCUCUAGACAAAAUGGCUUUUGUUCAGAAAAAUACUACCAAGUAGCAAGUUGGGUGUGGCUCUUGAAAUUGGAUUGACAGCGUGCACAAGUCUGCAGAGUAAGUUAUUGGCAUCAGUGGGACAGCUGAUAUACGUUAGGAGGCUACAGCCUUCUGAGAUGGAGAAUGGAUGGACCUUACCUAGUUGCAUUUGGAUUUCCUGUUCUAACAGCAGCUCAAACUAUCAUCCACACAUUUGGGAUGAUGGUCACCAUGACGUAAGAGGGUGUCACAGUGCUGUCACAAUAGUAUUUAAUAGUUAGGACCCCAGAGCAUAAAAACGAAGAGGAACCCCAGAGUUCAGUCAGUGGCAAAAUGACAAAACUCCCAAUAAUACCUUUGGUAGGGUCAGGAUUUUACCACUGGUAGGAAACUCCAAGCUUUUUAGCCAUAGAAUAUUUUUAACUCCUAGCAGCCUCUUGUGUUGAUUUACUGAUGUGCAGAUAAAUGUUAAUUUCAAUUUUCUUUUUUUUUUUUUCCUUCUUUUUUUUUUCUUUUUUAAGGAAAGGAGCUUCCUAGUCAUACUGACAAACAGUGGCUUUGUCAGAUAUAGUAGAAGAUGAAGGACUCUUGAGUGUUCAAUGCAUUUUUUAUUUUCCACUUAUUAAUGGCAUCAUAUAUUCUAAAAAUGCUGCUGUACUUAGACUAACAGCAACAGAUAAGGCUGUGAAUAUAUAAAGGACCUUUCCAAAUGGACUCUGAAUUUUUACUGUUUAAAUUAUCAGGUCUUCUUUUUUCCUUGUGAGUAAACUGGCAAAUGAGAUGUUCCUAUCCAAGGAACCCUCGCAGUGCUCGCAAUUUUACUGUUAGUUUAUCACAAUUCUGUGCUCAUGUUUACUGUGCCCAUAACUUUGUAUUAAAAAGAGAAUGUGUAUAUAGAUAUAUAUAUAUAUAUUAAAAAAAAAAAUGUAAAAUAUACAUAGUUUCAGGACAAUAUCUGUCCAAGGUACUUGAGCAUAUAUGCCUUACGUUCUGGGUUCAAUUUACAGAAAAAAAAAAAAAAAAAAGGCCCUCUCCACUGAAUAUCUUGCAUCUUCAGCACCUCCUCUUGACACUAGAGAACUGAGGCACUCAGCACCUUGCAAACUCUGGCCCAAAUUAUGCUGCACGGGGAGAAACGCAAGGAAAAGCCUGUUGCAAUCUUAGCCUUGUACUGAGAUAAGGUAGAUGAGCAUACCUACCCACUUAAUAUUUUUGUCAGACUUUAAGUGUCUGGUCCAUCUCCCACAGAUACAAGUUUGAGCUGAACUGAGCUCUUGGGGCAUAAAAAAAAACCUGCCCUCUUUCUCUGUGAGGUUAUUCCUGAGGUUAGAGGGAGGAGGAAAAGGAUUGAAAGGAACUGGAAGAGCAGCUUUGGAGGGCUUGAGUUAUGGUUUCCUAAUAGAACCAAGGAAGGAUUUUCCCAUUUAAGUUAAAAAAUAAAAAAAUGGCAUCUGCUGAUUGCAGCAGCUGUUUGACUGAAGUGCCAGCCUAGAGCUGGCUCAGAAAUAACCACUGCAUCACCAAGGGGACCCUCCUUAUCAGGGCUUUAGCAUAUGUCAGGGUGGUCUAGAAAACGUUUACAUCUUCAGCCACUGCUGUGGCAAAGGAGAGGCUUUUGUGUCUGAACCUGCCAUUUGUGAGACAGCGACAAAUCUGCAGCUCCCUCCCUCCAUACUCCUGUUGCUUAUUGAAUUUCAGCCAGGUUAAAGUUUUGUAGCAUUUUCACCCUCUUUGUAAAUAAACCAAGAAGAAGUGGCAUGCCAUCACAUUAAAUGUGAAUUGAACAAUGUAUUACAGUUACAAAAUUUCCUCACGUUACGGCGCUAAGAGUUUUGCUUGUGAUCAAUUACAGAACCUCACUCUUUUUUUAGAAAUGUAGAAAAAUUCAUUUUCAGAAGUGUUUCAAACCUCCUCAUGGGGCAUUAGCAGAAAAGAAGUUACAUGUGCUAAUCAAGUGCCAGAUUAUGUACUGGCCAGCAUAAUUAUUUUUGUUUGCAUUAAAUAGUUAAAUACGCAAGCACUGUUUUCCAGUGCAUGGGGAAUUUAUAUGGAGAACUCCUGAAGUUUAUUUACUUAUAUUAAUGGAAAUUAACUGUUAUCUCUCCAAUCCAUGAGGAUACAGUUUAUUUUUGGUGGUGAUGCUAUGUUGUUGGGGGAAUGGGGAGUGACUGACUGACAAGCCAAUAGGGUAAUGCCAAGGUAAACGUUCUGAAUGCCCAAGCAACGGAGAAAUGCAAAUCCCACUUUGAAAAGUGAGCUAGGAACCUGCCUCCCAUUAUCCUUCGGUGGGACUUAGGUUCCCAAGUGCCUGAAUUGCUUCUGAAAAUGCUAUGUUAGCUUUGUGAUUACUUGUUUUUAUUAACCCUAGCAAGCUGGAAGGAAGUUCUGUAGCAAGAGAACUACCACUAGCAUUAGCAAUAUGCAAACUGCUUUCAUUGUGAAGUAAGAGGGAAAAGAUCUUUUAGUGAAGUAAGUCUCCUGGGGCAAUAAUUGCCUUCUUUUUAGCUGAAGAGUAUAUUUUAGUGAACUGGGAUCAUAUGAGUAUGAACAAAAAACAGAUCUUGUAAUUUUUAGCGAGUUAUCUUGAAGCAUAUAAAUUCCUGAUGUGCAUUAACUUGAGUGAAUUGGGCCUUAAUGAUCCAUGUAAAUACCAAACCUGUAUUCGGAUAUUUUCUCCAGAAAAGAGUCUUUAAUGGUCUGUACUGUAUCAAAAUUAAUAAGUGUCAAAGUGUUACUUUAUAUUACACUUUUUUUUUUUUUAAUAGAACAUUGAAACAUGCAUGUUUAUUUGCUACAGUAUUUUAAUGUUUUGGAUGAAGGCCAUCAGUUGUAUGGAGAUGACAAAACAAUCACUCUAUUUAUUCAGUAUUGCUGCUUAAAGUUUUCAAAAUAAAGCUUUCAAUGCCAAUAUAGUGACUGACUGAAAGCUGUUCUAGCUUUCUUCAGCUGUUUUUUUUUUUUUUUUUUUGGUUGGUUGGUUGGUUUUGUUUUUCCUGUUUAUAGAAAACUAAAGAAAUGAAACUUGGCAUAUAAGCUGUUCUACCAGCAAGGAAUUAUUGCAAUAAUAUUGUGGGAUGGCUGGGAAUAUGUGUGCAGUAUAUACAUAAAUACAUGCAUGCAGUGAAUGCCUUGAGUAAAUGGACUGCUGAAGAAUGUUCAAAUCUUUUGCGGUGUUGCAAGCAACUUCCAGGUGCGACCAAAUACUGUUUUAACUCUUCACACCAAGGUGCAAUGCUUAGGAAAGACAGAACGAGUAGAGGUGGUCUUAAAGGAUAAAUUCAGAGUCCGUUGAACCAAAUAGGGUUUAACCACAGGUAUGUUUCUGAAUUGGACCUGAAAGCAUGUUCUGAUAGAAGAGGCUUUUCUGUUACGGCAAGAAUGCUUCAUUUCAAGCAUAUUUGGUACCACUGAAAAUGCAAGCAGUUCCAAGAUGGAUCAAGUAUGUCCACUAUAUUUAGUAAAAAGGGUAUCAAAAUGCAGAGGACAUGCAUGCUCGUGUGAAUACAGCCACCUGGUGAAACUACUCACUGGGGGCUCAGACUGGAAGAUCUGAGUUGCUGAAGCUUUAACACUGAGAAGCAAUGCCAACUAACUGUGAAAACACAAAUGAGCAUUUUCUUACUGCUCUGCUUCAAUGCAAGAUAAAAAUCUGUACUAUAUGUAACUAUAUUUUGUCAUUUAAAAAGCUUCUAUUUUUGAUUAUUCUCAUGAAUGGUUGACAAAAGAUAUUGAAUAUGCUCCCAUACAAUAAAUGCCCCUCUGAAACUUUGGGUCUUUACA